UCUGAGGCGCGGACGUGGCAGCAGCGGGAGGAGCCCCAGGUGCCGCAAGGUGUCAGGUGGUGAUUCCCCAUCGCCCAUUCUGUUCUCCACACUCCUGCCAAUUGCCACCCACAACCGUCAACAUGCCGCAGCAUCAGAAGACUCCACAAUGCCCACAGGAUCAGUGCCUUCAGACCCUCAGUAAGACCCAGGGUCUGGAGGUGGCACAGGUCUCCAGGGCUCUGGAGGAGACCCAUCUCUCCUCCCGUCCUCUAAUGCCUGGCAAUUCGAAGGAGCCUCUUGAGGCAGCUGCAUCCAGCCCUCCUGAGGAUGCUCAGAGUUUCUACGCAUCUUCCGUUGCCAUCACGGCCACCUCAUCCAACAAAUCAGAUGAGGUCUCCAUGAGCCAAGAGGAAGAGGAUAGUCCAGACACCUCACAGGCUGUGCCAGACCCCAAGAAUGUGCCCAUAGAUGCUCUAGAUGAGGAUGUGGCUAUGUUGGUCAGUUUCCUGCUGUUCAAGUAUCAAAUGAAAGAGCCAGUAACAAAGGCAGAUAUGUUGAAGAUUGUCACCAACAAGUGUGAAGUCCACUUUCCUGAGAUCUUCCUGAGAGCCUCUGAGCGCAUGGAGAUGAUCUUUGGCCUUGAUCUAGUGGAAGUGGAUCCCACCAACCACCGCUAUGGCCUCUUCAUCAAAUUGGGCCUCACCUAUGAUGGGAUGCUGCAUGGCGAAGAAGGCAUUCCCAAGACCGGCAUCCUGAUACUUGUCCUGGGCGUGAUCUUCAUGAAGGGCAACCAUGCCACCGAAGACGAGGUCUGGGAAGUUCUGAAUUUGACAGGAAUGUAUUCUAGUAGGAAGCACUUCAUCUUCGGAGAGCCCAGGAAGCUCAUCACCAAAGAUUUUGUGAAAGAAAAAUACCUGGAGUACCGCCAGGUGGCCAACACUGAUCCUGCACAAUUUGAAUUCCUGUGGGGCCCAAGAGCCCACGCAGAAACCACCAAGAUGAAGGUCCUGGAGUUUGUCGCUAAGGUUCAUGGGACUGACCCAAGCUCUUUCCCACCUCAGUAUGAGGAGGCUUUGCAAGAUGAAGAAGAGAGAGCCAGAGCCAGUAUUUCAGGCAGGGCUGUCUCUCCUUCCGUGGCCACUGCAAGUUCCAGUGCCAAGGCUAGCAGCUUCUCCCACACCUAG